CUGUCAACUAAAUAAAAUGAAAAACAUAAGCACACGUGUGUAUCGUAAUCGCAGAUAUGUUGUAUAAACAAGCACAUUUUUUAUAAAAAUAUAAGUAAAUUAUAAUAAACAAGAUGCAGGUUUCUUGUCCGAAUAAUGUAAAAAUUUAUAACUUAAGUGUAGGCAAGUCUUUGCCCGAUUGGUUGUCCGAAAGAAAAAAACGAAGUUUACUAAAAAAAAAUGUUGGCUUAAGACGUCGCAUAGAACUUAUACAAGAUUUUGAUAUGCCCGGAGUUAGUACAUCGAUUAAAAUUUCGAAAGAUGGACAAUAUAUUUUAGCAACCGGAAUUUAUAAACCGCGUGUUAAGUGUUUUGAUGUUAACAAUUUGUCAUUAAAGUUUGAAAGAUGUUUUGACUCUGAAGUAAUCACAUUUGAAGUACUAUCAGAUGAUUAUAGCAAGGUUGUGUUCUUACAAUAUGAUAGAAACAUUGAAUUUCAUGUUGCUCAUGGCAAAUAUCAUCGGCUUAGAAUACCACAAUUUGGCAGAGAUUUAAAAUACCACUAUCCGUCUUGCGAUCUUUUUGUCGUAGGUGUUAGUAAUGAAAUCUACAGAAUUAAUUUAGAAAGAGGACAAUUUUUACAAUCGUUUCAAUCGGAAGCAACUGCGAUAAAUAAAUGUGAAAUAAAUCCGUUACAUCAUUUACUCGUCGUUGGAACGCAGGACGGGAAAGUUGAAGCUUGGGAUCCGCGAACAAAAAAUAGAGUUGGCGUAUUGAAUUGUGCGUUAGAUUGUGUACUUCAGAAUGAUGGGUUGUACACAGUUCCUUCCAUUACUUCUUUGAAAUUUCAAGGUGGUUUGACGUUAGGCGUAGGAACAUCUAACGGGAAAGUUUUAUUAUACGAUGUCAGAUCUUCUAAACCAUUUUUAUCAAAAGAUCAUGGAUAUGAUUUACCUAUCAGAAAUAUCGAGUUUCAUAAAAAAUUAGAUUUUGUUUAUUCUAUGGACAGUUCUAUCGUUAAAAUAUGGGAAAAAGAUAACGGAAAAAUAUAUACGUCCAUAGAAGCAGAAAAUGAUUUUAACGAUUUAUGUGUAAUACCGGAUACGGGAAUGCUUUUGAUAGCAAAUGAAAGUUCUAAAAUACAAACUUAUUAUAUUCCUAGUCUUGGUCCAGCACCUUACUGGUGCAAUUUUCUCGACAAUCUUACAGAGGAAUUAGAAGAAUUGAAUUAUGAUAUUAUUUAUGAUGAUUAUAAGUUUGUUACUGGAAAAGAAUUGGAUGAAUUAGGACUUUCUCAUUUAAAGGGCACUAAUUUACUUCGAGCUUAUAUGCACGGUUACUUCAUAGAUAUCCGUUUAUACCGAAAAGCUAAAAACGUAAUGAAACCAUUCGAAUUUGAGGAAUAUAAGAAAAAGAAGAUACGAGAAAAGUUAUCAGAGACGUGUGCCAAUAGAGUAAAAGUUCAACAAUUGCCUAAGAUCAACAAAGAACUGGCUUUAAAAUUAAUGGAAGAAGAAGCGAAUCCAAAUACUAAAAAGAAGAAGAAAAAUACGGUAAAUAUAUUGAAAGAUGACCGUUUCAAAGCAUUGUUCAAUAAUCCAGAUUUCCAAGUUGAUACAAAUUCAGAAGAAUACGCUUUAUUGAAUCCGGUUAUUUCGCAACUUGAGAAAAGCAAGGCAAAGAAAUUAAAGGCUGCGAUAGAACAGCAAGAACAAUCGGAAAACAAAAAUUAUUCUCUUAAUGAAGAACACGAAGAUAAAAAUUCAAGCUCGGAUGAGAGUUUUAUACAUGAUGAUAGUUCGGACGAUGAAAAAACUUGGGCUAAAGAUGUGCGAAAGCAAUAUCGAAUGAUAAAGAGAAACCGACAAAGAGAAGAAGAAGAAGAAAAAGAAAAAGAAAAGGAACAAGAAAAAGAAAAAAACAAAAAGUUAAAAGACAAUAAAGAAAUAUCAAAUAAUCAAUCGAAUCUAUAUGAAUUUAAUGAAGAUAUAGAAUUUAGAGGAGCAAUACCUGUUCCAAAAAGACAAAAUAAAAUCUCUCUAGGAAAAAGAUUGGAAAAUGAAGAAAUGAAUGAUGUCCAAGUAUCCGGAUCGCGUGGUAGCAGAGAAAUGAAAUUUAUUAUUGGGAAAAGAAAACAAGAGUCGAAAUCAAAUCAAACGGUAAAAAGACACAGAUCAGAAUACAGGCAUCUUCUACGGCCGACUGGAAAUAUUCAUAAAAAAAAAUAUACUGAUUCUAAUGAAUCAAAAAAUGGAAAAGAUCCACCUCAUCAAAACUACGAAGACAACAUUCAUACAUCUACGCCUUCUGUUUUAUCAGAAUUACAGAUACACAGUACAGAAGUAGAAAUAACAGAAAUGCCAAAUUUCGAACAUUUAAAUACAUCAGCAGUUUUACAUUAUUGUAAACAUAAAAUAUUAAGGCCUUACUUAAGAUUAUUGGGCGUGAUGGGAUUAAGGCCGAUCAGCAGUGAUGAGACCGAUCACUUUCCACGUUAUUGCAUUUUAGCCAAUUUUCAUACUUUCCAAGUCGCUUUAUUUAUGUGCAUUGGAUAUAUUUUACAAUAUAUGGCAUGUUUCAGAAGGGAUAGAGGAUUUUGUUAUAAACUAUUACCAUUGGAAUUACAGAUCGUUCCAAAUAUUAGUAAAGAGCGUAUAUAUGAGCCGAUUUGUUUUGGAAAUAUUGUAUUCAGUUAUAUAAUUCCUAGUUUACUUCAUUUAAUCGCAUAUUUAUACACAGUAUACCUAUUUCGUAUUAAGGAACAUGAGCAGUUACAGAAUUUAAUGGAACGAGCGUUUCUCUUAUCAUCUAAUCCAAUUCAUAGAGGAAAUCAAAAAAAGCUCGUAUGGAUAUUGUGGCUUUUUAUAGCUUUAAGUAUAGUUUGGAUGAUAGGAGCAUUAAUUACAGUUAAUGUUAUGAUGGCACAAGGAAUUAUUUUGUUUCAAUGGCUGGAACAUAGUCCGUAUCACGUUAAAAUUAUUUUGAAAAUACUUUUAAUUAUAUGCACACUGUGGCACGAUAUGGUACAAGGAACUAUCAUAACAAGUUAUUGUUUGCAAGGUCAACUUCUAAUUGCGCAUCUUUAUUUUCUCAGAGGAAAGUUACUUCAACAUACGUUACCUCCCAUAGACUGGAUGAAGGAGAUAAGCGAAUUUAAGAAAUUGUUGAAAUAUUUUAACAACGAUAUGGGACCUGCCGUUUCUAUUUAUACGGUUGUGAAUCUAUCCUGGGCAAUCGCAGGAACUAUUUGGAUAUUGCAGAACAAUGAUGAAGCAGAAAAUAAUCCAGUAACAUACAUUGGUAUAAUUAAUGUAGUAUUAUGGAUAUUGAUAUCGAUAGUUCCAUUUAUCCAGGCAGCAAGAUUAACAACUGCCUGUUCUAUGAUUCAAAGUAUUGGUCAUGAAAUACGCAUCCGACCAUUUGUUUACGAAAGUACACCAAGAGAAGAUUUGGAUACUAUACUUUUAUAUACUUCAUCAUUAAAAAUGUGUGCUAGAUUGUUUAGAAUACCGAUUGCAGGUAGAUAUUUGUUUCUACUUUUAACUGUUGCUAGCAUUACUAUACUUACAUUAGGCCAAUGUCAAAUUUUAUGAUUCAAUUUUUUUAAAUCAAUUUAUUUUCACUGUAUUUCUUAUUAAUUUGAAAUGCAUA